AUGUUAUUAAAUCAAUUAUCAGGUUAUUAUGAUAUAACUAUUAAUACAAAAUAUAAUUUAACAUUACCAACUAGAUAUGUUAUAGUUCAAACAAUUGGUUCUGGAGCACAAGGUGUUGUAUUUUCAGCAUUUGAUUUAAUUACUUUAAAAUAUGUUGUAAUAAAAAAACUUGAUAAACCAUUUUUAAAUGAAUUUAAUGCUAAAAGAGCAUUUAGGGAAGUUUGCUUACUCUCAGGCAUUAAACAUUCAAUGAUAAUUCCAAUGUACAGUAUGUUUACACCACAACAAACACCAGAUUCAUUAAAAGAUAUAUAUUUUGUAAUGGAAAAAAUGGAUGGAACAAUUGAUAAAUGUUAUGAUAAAUUAUUAGAUCAUACAAGAAUUUCUUUUUUAACAUAUCAAAUUCUUUGUGCUUUAAAACAUUUACAUGCUUCUGGUGUAAUUCAUAGAGAUUUAAAACCUCAUAAUAUUGGUUUAAAUGAUGAUUGUACAGUUAAACUUCUUGAUUUUGGAUUAUCACGAUAUAUUGAAAAUCAAAUUUACUUAACAAAAAAUGUUGUAACAUUAUUUUAUAGAGCACCAGAAAUUUUGUUAUCAUUAAAUUAUAAUGAAAAAAUAGAUGUAUGGUCUGUUGGUUGUAUAAUGGCUGAAUUAAUAACAGGAAAAAUAUUUUUUAAGGCACGAGAUGAAUUAUCAUUAUGGAAUAAUAUAAUAGAAAAAUUAGGAUAUCCUAAUGAUAAUUUUUUAAACACUUUACCAUCAAUUUUAAAAGAUUAUAUGAAAAAAAAUUUAAAAUUUAAAAGUAUUGACUUUGAAAAACAUUUUCCUGAAUCACUUUUUGAUAAUACAUCUCCUGAUAAUCAACCUAUUCCAACAGAUUUAAAUUCAAAUAAUUGUAGAGAUGUAUUAAAAAAAAUGUUAACAAUUGAUCCAAAUGAAAGAAUAUCUGUUGAUGAAGCUUUAAAUCAUCCAUAUUUAAGAAUUUGGAUAGAAGAAAGAGAACUUUCUAGUGGUCAACCUGAAGUAUAUAAUCCAAAUAUUGAAAAUACAAUAUUUUCAAUUAAAAAAUGGAAACAAUUAAUAUUUUAUAAAAUAAAAAAUUAUGAAAAUACAAAUAAUAUAUUUCUCAAACUACAUAAUUAA